GGGAAACCUGUGAGACCUUGUUGAAAUAUUUGGGCACGAUCAUGGAUCUGGCUGCCUUUAAUGUCCGCAUAGAGUCCGCUGUUCCCACCGAAGACCAGACGACGUAUCGCUAUGUCAUCGCCGUGCAGCACCGCAAACUCACGUGGCAAGGUCAGCGGGUGGAGGAGGGAGGAUGCAAUGUAUGCCGACUUAUGUGCUGGUUGCUCUCGUCCCUCCCACCUGUCAGUCAGCAAGCGAUACUCAUCGUUCGACCAGCUGCACAAGGCCCUCAAAGCAAGGUGAGGUUGAACGAAUCAUCAAUGAAUGAAUACCUACCAUGAUGCGAUGCAUUCAUGCGUGUGUGUGUGUUUGGUUGAACCAUCCGUCCAUCCAUGCAUCCAUGGGUCAGCAAGCACGCGGCUCUCCCGCCGCUGCCGCCCAAGACGCUGAUUGGCCGUCCCAUUGACACCCAGGAGAUAGAGGCGAGGCGGAAGGGCCUCCAACACUACCUCCACGAACUCGUUGCCAGACCCGACACCAGAACCAGCACGCCGGUAACAGACAAGACAAACCACAGACUGACUGAUUGGAUAAAUGGAUGGAUGGAUGCUUCCCGUGAAUGAAUGAAUGUUUGAUUGGUCAGUUGUUGGAGUUUCUCGAGUUCGAGGCCCGCACUGACAUGACUGUCACGCACCUUAUGGUACGCUACGCACAUACAGAGAUAGAUAGAUAGAUAGAUGGACAUCCUACCCAUCCGAGCCAGCAACAGACAGACCAACAGACGGGCACUGCACUUACUGCCUGGAUACAUACAUGCAUUUCCUACAUGUAUGUAUUCAUGUAUUCAUGUACGAAUGGAUGUAUGUGUGUAUGUGUAGCCCCGCCGUGGCCCCGUUUGUGACCUGGAGGAUCCCCGGUUCGCCGUCAGUGGCGUUCACUACUGGCACAAAGCACUCACCAAACAAAUGGACGUGGUCAUCGUGGCUUACCAGGUCAGCACACCCCACCACAUACAUACAUACGCAUGUAUGCAUGUAUGUCACUGGGGUGGUGGUGGACUGUGUUGUCUUGUGGUCCAAUCAAUCAGGACAGCAGCCAUGUGGCUCGUCUGGGUCGCAUGUGGACGGUGGUAGAGCCUGACGAACUGGGUGCAUGGGCCAUAUGGGCGCCCACCCACGCAGGGGAUGACAACUGGCACAGAGUGUUCCUCGAGAACUUCGCUAUCAAGGUGAGCGCCGAUGCCUGUCUGUCACCCUUUCAUGGUGGAUUUGUGGGUGUUGCUGUCCCCCCAUAGGUGCCGUGUAUGUGUGUCGAGGAGACGUCGAGGCAGAUUUUCAUCGCCAUGGAGGGUGCGGACACACCGGCCGAGAUAUCUAUCGUCAGUCACCCCUCUCCAUCCCUGCCUGUUGGCUUCAGACGGCACCAUCCGGGCCUAUCAUCUGCCGGACGAAGAGGACAUCCAGCCACAACUCGUAGGUGGCGUUCCGUUCCAACAUACAUACGUGCAUGCGUCAAUCAACAAGACAGAGACACAUGACAUGACACGGCAAUGCAUUGAUCGGAUCCACUCUUACUGGUGUGUAGGUUGGGUCUUACCAGGUCCACGCCACGUCGGUGCUUGACUUGGACUGCUCGGCCCGCCACCUGCUGUCCAUCGGCUUCGACGCCACCAUCAGACUCGUCAAAGGUCAACCAACCAACCCACCAAACAGCGAUCGACAUACAGUAACCAACACCAGUCCACCUGUUGGCUUCAGUGAGCACUCGAGAGGUCGUCUCUGGCGGCCGGCUGGCCAAGCGAUUGGACGGCAAACACCUUACAGUAGCCGCCCUCGACGAGCCGGCGCGGAGGGCGUUUCUGGGUACGCGAAUCGCCCAUGACACCCACACCCGAGCCUCGGUGUGUCCCUUGUUGCUUGCUGCCCACGUCGGUGUGUAUUGCGCUGCAGGCACCUCUGGCAGUGACGUGUUGAUAUAUGAUGUGUCAGGAAACCCGCCACACUUCCUACACGCACUCACAGUAUUGACCCGCGGAGGGAGGGAUGGAUGGAAGGAAGAAAGGAGUGAUGCCGGCCUCAGGAUGGGUACGUGCGUGUGUCUAUUUGCCGCCCAGGUCAUGUCUAGCGGACCCAUAUCGUGGCUGAACCUAUCAGAAAGGUACCACACCACAUCCAUCCAUCCAUACAUACAUAGCUGAGGUACAUGCACUGCACUUGGAUUGCACGAGCUUUGUGUGUGUGCGUUUGUUUCUGUGUGAUUGGGUCCCUUCUCUGCGUCCGUGCCCUGCCCUGCCCCAGCCACCUGUGGGUGGGUCAUGAUGAGUUCGUGACGUGCUACGGCAUGGAAGACAAGACAUACGAAAAGAGAAUGCCGCGGGUGGGUGGACCGACCUAAACUCCAUGUGUAUCAGUUCGCACAUGUGUUGUGGGUGUGGGUGUGUGUUUGUGCAGAUGGCUCAGUACGUGUCCAACUUGGAGGGUGGUCGCCAGGUGCGGGGCGGCUGUGUCAUUCCAGCUGACAAACGGCUCAUCGUGGCCUACGAGGUAGGUAGGUAGACAGGCGGGCCUGCACCCCCCUACCUACGCACACGUGUCUAUCAGACAUGUCUGUCAGUGAGUUGGUGAAUGUAUGUAUGUAUGCUUGUGGGUCAUGUCAUCAUCAGGGAGGUGUGGUGGUGUAUUCGCUGAGUUCCGGCACAGCCACCAUGGCGUUUGCACCACACGAUGGAAGGGUGGGUACAUUCAGCAGCACACAUGAGCGAAAUCAGACCGACAGCCACUCACACCUGCCUGCCUGCCUGCGUGUUGGUUGGUGGUUACAGACGACUGAGGUGCUGGCGCUGCCAGCUGGUGUGUAUGACGGCUCCACCACCAUUCUCACAGCCGGCGUAGAUGGAAAAGUUAAGGUCAGUGAGCAACCUAGGAACGCGGACAUCACAAUACAUCCACACAUACAUCAGGAUUAAGCAAGCUUGGCCUGUCUGUGUGUGUUACCUGCCUCGCUCCCUGCACGCACAUCACACAGUCGUGGGCCUUGAGUCCUCCGGAUCAGUACGUCUUCUGGCAUCCUCCCUCUUGCCGCGCAGCAGCGGCAGCAGCAGAGCCGCCCCUCAGCACCACGACGACUGCCGACUCGCCCAUCCCGAGGCGCAACGGUCAGCAUGAACAAAACAGCCACCCUAACGGCGAGCAGUACAGCCAGGCACACGGCUGCACGGAUGCGCCAGAGGGAGGGCCUGGGCCUGCCACCAGUGUGGGGGAUGGGUCCAAGCUGCGCAUUCAGCGGGAGGCUGACGAAGACGAUGAUGAGGAAACGCUCAGGUGGACGUGAGCCGAGAAAACCAUCUAGGGUAGCGAGGUAGAUAGAUAGAUGGUAGCAGAAAACAAGGUGACGUGACGCGUCUGGGGGUGUCUGUCUGGUGAUGUGACAAGGACACGACACGUGAGGGAUGCGGACGUUUGUGCAUAGUUAGUUGGACAGCCA